CCUUCUAAGUGCAAAGUACUUUUAUAACACUGGGAAGAUCUUCAACCUGCACUCACUCUUGGUUGUGAGCAGAUAGUAGUCGAGAAGUUCGUAUAUCUGGGUAGCUUUGUUAGUGCUGGUAAUGGCGUGAGUGAUGACAUCAAUUCAAAUAUAAUGUAAGCCAUGGCGACUUAUGCAAAUCUGGAACGUCUUUUUACUUUCAGUCUAGCUGUGAUAGGUCGGAUCUGUAAUGUAUCGGUAAGAGCAGUUCUACUCAAAGCUUGUAAAACCUAACUUCUUGGAGUUGAUGAAAUCAAGUGACUCUGUGAUUGAUCAUAGUCUCCAAAGGAUUUCUGAGAUUCGGUAGCAACACCAUGUUAAUAAUGCGUUUGUUUGGGCUCAGCGAUAUUUUAAUCGGUGUCACUAUCUUAAAUAUCGACUUUCGAUGGCUUUCGUUAGUCCUUCACUAAUCCCUAGUUGGGUUCAUAGAGAUGGUGCAACACGCUUGAAAUGUUAUUAGACAUGAUUUAGAAUGGAAACCAAUGGCGAUCCCGCUAUAACUCUCUUUGUACAAGCGAGAGGAACUUUAAUUGAAAGAAUCCUUUCUGGUUGUAUUCUUCUUAACUGAACUGUUUCUCCCAUUAUUACUGUUAUGAUGAUUAUUGUUAUUUCACUUUCACACUAGUUUCUACUCAUCGUUGUUUUUUUUUAUUAUACUAACCCUCCAUUCUCUAUCUCUUCUUAACCUUAUUUUUAUUGUGUCGCGCAUAUAUAUUUUGGUGUCUCUCUGUAUCAAUGUCUUUGUAUAAAUAAAAUAAAUAGGUAAAGAGUGCAUCAUGAAGUCUUCUGGUAAUUAUGUUGCUCCUCUGCGUAAAUUAGGGUUAAUAACCCCCUCGGUUUUUCACGUGACCCAUGCAACCACUAGUUUAGUAAGUAAACAGAUUAGUCCCUGACGAUCAAGAAGAGGUUUUCAUAACUCGAAAUGUAUUCGUUCUACCGAAAAAGUUUUACUGUGUAUUCAGUUUUUAGACUGCUGUUAUGAGGAAAGCUCCGUACGACAAAAAUGCUCCAAGGAGACCUCUUUCGGCAUUUAUGUUGUUCAUGAAAAAACGCAGACAAGAAUCAGAAUAUAUUGCUUCACAGUCAUUUUCAGACAGAAAUCGUAUUAUUGCCACUGAAUGGGCUGCUCUAUCUGCUGAAGAAAAACAAGUAUAUACUGACCAAGCUGCCGAAGGGCGUGAGUCGUACAAAAAAUUGUUUGCUGAAUACAAAACUACUGAUAAUUACAAGAAAUGGUUAGCUUCCAAUCAAACGGUCAAUGCUAAUGGGUCCAAAGCUGGAUGUAAACGACCAGUAAAACAAAUAUCACAUACUAAAAACAAUGAUAUAGAAUCGGAUUGUAAAAUUUCAAUAUUUACUCAUGAAUUUCUGGAAUACAACAGACUUCGUGAAGUUAUCUUGCGUCAGUUGAAGAAGCACGUAUCACAACUUGAAGAAGAAACCGCUUUACUAAGUAAGCAUGUAGAAAAUCUUGUAAAUGCUGAAAAUCGGACAAAAAUUCAAAUUAAUACAACAAAAGAAUUAUUAACUAAUGAAGAAAAUUUAUUGAAACAAUUGUGUAAAGAGUUGACAAUUGCUUUAAGUGAUGUCACUUUACCCAAUAAUACAUCGGAUAUAAAUAUGAAAGGAGUUGAACGUAUCACAGAAACUAGUGUUGAAUCAUUUCUUUCAAGAUUAGAAUAUUUAAAAAAUUCUUCAUCUUAUUCAGAAUUAUCUACAAAAAUUGUACAAUCCAUUCGUACAGCUUGUCAAAAGAAAACGAUCAAGUUGCUAACUUAUGAAAUAAAUUAA